CUACUUUUACUCUCAAUUUCUCCAAAGGUUCAAGUCAAGUCAUUGCUCAAUAUUAUCAACUUAUCCGGUUGGGCUAUGAGGGAUAUCGAAAUGUAAUGGAAAAUUGUCGUGAAAACGCAAUUAUGUUAAGAGAAGGACUUGAAAAAACAGGACGUUUCAACAUAGUCUCUAAAGAUGAAGGUGUCCCAUUGGUGGCAUUUUCCCUCAAGGACAAUAGUCUUCACAAUGAAUUCGAGGUCUCCGAGACGCUCCGUAGGUUCGGGUGGAUUGUCCCGGCCUACACUAUGCCAGCUGACGCACAACACGUCACAGUGUUGCGCGUCGUGAUCAGGGAGGACUUCUCCCGGACCCUGGCAGAGCGUCUCGUCUUUGACAUCGUCAAAGUCCUGCACGAGCUCGACACACUUCCGGCUAGGUUGAGUGCCAAAAUGGAGGAGGUUGGGGAGGAGAAUUUGGUGAUCAAGAACAAUGGAAAGAAAACAGAAAUUGAAGUUCAAAGGGAAGUUACUGAUUUUUGGAAGAAGUUUGUUUUAGCUAGGAAAGCAGCUGUUUGCUAGGAAAGGAUUAAUUGUUGAAGGAAUAAGUAUUAGUAGUAACUUUUUAUUAUUAAUUACAAAAAAUAUGAUUUUUCUUUUAGAUUAUCUUGAUGAGUAACUAACAAAAUUUUAUGAAGGAUGAUAGGUGUAUCAUCUUUUCUACUAUUGACCUAAUAAAAUAUUACGAUUGCUAUGUUUCAUUA